UGGAGAAUUAUAUAUCGAUUCGAAAAAUAUAAAAUUCAAGAGUCUAAUAGAAAGACUACAAGAACAUUCGAAAGACUAAUUGGAAAACAAAAAAAACAAUCGGUUGUCCAACUGGGCAAGCAAGGACAACUUACCAUAGAUGGUAGUUAAAAACACCACCACUUGAGCGCGUCGCGGUUUCCAUUAGCAACGAUAUCACUUAGCACCUGAACGAAAUGCCAAACAAAACAGCGUUACAAUUUUCAUAAGCGUUUCAAAAGGCGACGGUAAAUGAAAGGACAAAUUUUGCACACGGGCUUACAAUUCUUCAAGAGAAUUUCGAAAAUGUUUGACAAACGAGAUAACAAACAAACUGGCGAAAAACGUGAGACCAUACAAGAAAUUGCAAUUAAACUAGCCGAGGAGCAAUUGCGUACGCUGCAAGCGGAGAGUGGACCUAAGGAACGCACCGUUUUCGUGCUGGGCAGCAGAGGUGCUGGCAAAUCCACGGCGCUGCAUAAAUUCUUCGAGCGCGAGGACAAUCCGCGACCCACACUUGCUUUAGAAUAUUCAUACGGUCGACGCACGAGCGGCACGCAAAAACAGGUGCUAAAUGUGUGGGAGCUCGGGGCUUUGGACAAUGCAGAGCAGUUGAUUUCAGUGCCCUUACGCACACAUGGCCUUGAGAAUUUCGCGGCCAUUAUAAUGUUGGAUCUCUCGCAGCCGAAACGCGUUUGGCCGGAAUUGGAGCGCAUUUAUCAGGCGCUACGUAGCACAAGCAGUAAAUUGCUGAGCCCAGAUGAGGAGCAAAUGUAUCGCGAGCGCAUGGCGGAUCGUCUCAAAAAGGAUCACAACGAUUUGGAGUGUCUCGAGUUGAUGCCAUUUCCGAUAGUUAUAGUUGGUGGCAAAUAUGAUUUGUUCAAAGAUUUCGACGCCGAGCUAAAGCAACAUAUCUGCCGUUGUCUGCGUUCCAUGGCACACUUGAUAGGCGGCAGCGUACUCUUCUAUUCCAAUAAAAUACCCAAACUUGCGAAAACACUACGCGAUACCAUAAGUCACUUGGGUUUCGGUAGUCCCACGCAUCCAUUUCGCUCGCAUGUGACCGAUAGCGCGGAUGCGCUCUCCAUUUGGUUCGGCACCGAUAGUUGGGAUCAGAUUGGCAGCGUCGGUGUGCUAAGUGUCGAACGUAUUGGCUCUCUACUGGCCAGCGAGGCGCCACAGCUGAAUGAAAUGGUUAAGAAACGUUCCGCGAAAUCGAAAUCACAUAUCAAUGAUCCCGCCAAGGAUGCAGGGUUUCGUGAGAGCAUCAUCGAUGAGAUGCGGGCACAGAAGGAUAAAGAGUUGCAGGCGAUCAUCAAGGAAUCACAAUUACGUGGGCAAUUCGAGACGAUUGUUUGAAGUGAGUGGCUCGGUUUAAGCGCUGAAAGUGGUAUAUAGGAGUGAUGGAAAUUAGGGAUAUUUGUUGUUUCUGAUGAAAUAUUUCAGUACAAUUUGUAAGCUGUGACUUUAAAGCUCAAAUAAUAAAUAUAUUACAAUCUUGUUCGGUAAA